AUGCUUGGGACUUUGUGGAAAACAGCGUCGGUUAUCACUCUUUUGGCCGGCGCGGCCUCUGCCAUUGAUCUCGAUAUCAAGGAUGAAAAGUCCAUCAAGAGCGCAGCUCACACCGCCGCAUAUGGCGCCAUGUCAUACUAUACGGGCAACUUGACCGGCCACAUUCCUGGCGCUUUCCCUACCAAAUGGUGGGAGGGUAGCAUCCUGUUCGAUACGAUGAUUCACUACUGGUAUCUAACUGGCGACGAUUCGAACAACCCGGCCGUAAUCCAGGGAAUGAACUGGCAGAGCGGCGACAACAAUGACUACAUCACUGCAAACUAUAGCUCGUAUAUUGGGAACGACGAUCAAUCGCCUUGGGGGCUUGCGGCCAUGACAGCCGCGGAGUUCGGCCUCCCGCAAACGUCUACGGAGGUCUCAUGGGCAAGCAAGGCAGCCGCCGUGUUCAAUUCUCAGGCGAGCCGCUGGGAUGAUAGCACGUGUGGUGGCGGGUUACGGUGGCAGAUCUAUACGUACGAGACCGGCUAUGGUAUCAAGAAUGCCAUGUCCAACGGUGAAUUCUUUGAGCUAGCUGCUCGCCUGGCCCGAUACACGGGGAACACAACGUACUCCGACUGGGCCGAGAAGAUCUGGGACUGGAGUUCUUCUGUCCCACUUUUGAACAAUGAGACCUGGAUUAUCUCUGACUCUACGAACGCCGAGAACCACUGCGCGACUAGUGAUAACGUCCAAUGGUCUAUGAAUUAUGGUACAUACGUCACCGGUGCAGCAUAUAUGUAUAACCUGACGAACGGCGCCUCGAAGUGGAAAUCUGGCGUAGAUGGCCUCUUGAACACCAGUCUCACUACUUUCUUCCCUGCACAGUAUGGUGGAGAUAUCAUGUCAGAAUACGAAUGCGAAGAGAGGGAGCUUUGCAACAAUAACGAAAUUCUCUUCAAGGGUAUUUUUGUGCGUGACCUGGCCUUGGUCUCUACCGUUGCCCCGUACACCGUGGAUGACAUCCUGCCACGUCUGCAGGGCUCCGCUUCGGCGGCCGCGGAAGCCUGCACCGGCGAAUCAAAUGACACCUGUGGAGUGCGAUGGUACAGUAAGAAGUAUGACGGCGAGAAGGGGAUGGAACAGCAGCUCAGCGCGGCAAGUGUGUUCACGGCAAAUCUAGUUGCUUUUGAUAGGGAAGACCUGGCCACCCAGGCUGGAGGUACGAAUGCAACUUCCGCCACCACAAACACGACGGAGACGAGAGCCAGUGGAACUCAAGCUGCUUCAAAUGCUUCGGGCACUUCGGCUAAUGGUGCUAGUGUGCUUGUGGGUGGACCGUUGGCGAUUACUGCGGCCGUGUUGGCUGGUAUCAUGGCCACUUUCUAA